CUGAUUAUGCGGAUGCGCCACCUGCUGCUUUUGCGCAGUAGCCUACUUUAGCUUUGAGGGGUUGCCACUAGACGCAUUGUCUUCCUUUACUCGGUUUGUAAGUGAAACUAAUUGAGGUUAAGUUCUUCUGGAAUUGUGUUGAAGCCAAAAAAAAAACCCGAUUAAACAACUCCGACAGAAGACAAAUGUAAUCGAGUUAAAGCGGAAAAACUACAUCUCUCCCACUAAAAGCCUUGGGAAACCGAUGAUGGAUCUUUUUCAAAGGAUCAAGCGUAUCCUCUUUCGGUAUUUCAGAAGUAGUUAUUUACAAACAUUAACAACUUCGUUGUCAAAGCAAAAAAUUUCCAGGAUUUUAUGCCAAAUAAAAGAAAAAGUUUUUUUUUGUCUUAAUUCAAAAUCUUAUCUCUUUUUUAAAAGUUAAUUUUAUUUUUAAAAUUUUAUUUCCACGCACAGUUUUUACAAACAAAACCAGGCAAUGCAUUAAAGGGACAGUGCAGGAGAGCAACAAGUCCAGACCCUGGGACCCAGGUGAGGUGAGACCUGUGUGACCACCUGCUUUAACUGAUCUGGUAAGCGCUAAGUGACAAUGAAAGUAAGCAGACCCCGCAGCUCUCCUGGACUGGGUUCGGAGACACAGUGGCCCUCAAGGAUGGGGUUCGGGGACCCCAGCUGACCCUGUGACCCUCCAGGACCAGGGUUGGGGACCGCACAAGGUGACGGACGAGCCAUGGGCAGUAACCGCAUGGAAGGGAAGAUGACAGAAUUUCUAAAGUUUCUCGAGUUUGGGUUUCAGGAGCAGAUCGCAAUUCCUCCCCACUGCUGUCUUCACUCCUUUCCUGCUUCGCAAGCCAGCUGAUUGGCUCCUUCGUCCUCCUGCUCUGGCAGUGAAGAUGGCUGCCAAUCUACGGCCCCCUGCUGUGCCAUUUAGACAGUGGCGCAGGAGGGAGUCUGAGCAAAUGACAUUCAUUUCUGAGAAGAGGCUCAGAGGGAUUUGGUUCCCCAUUAAUUAAGCCUCUUAAGACAUUCUGCUCCGUUUACUCUCUACCCUCACCCCUGCCACACACCCCCCCCCCCACCCCCCCCCCCCAGCGGCCAGAGCUGGGCUGAGCACGGCCUUCUCCAGCUUAACGGUCUGAGACAAAAAGCUGAGAGGAUCCCCUAUAGACGAAAAAAAAGGCUUUCAAAAAUGUCGGCCGUUUGGAUUUUUUUUUUGGGCUAAUUGUUUGAGCCUUGGCACUUUGCAGCCUUUUCUCUGUUCGUUUUCAGCGGAAUAGGGGGUGACGGGUGGGGGGGGGGGGAGAGAUUCCCCGGAGGUUUGCGUCAAACACGCAGAGCGUUCUGAUUCCGGCCGUCUGUGGAAAAACGCGGCUCUCCAUGCUUGACCUGAUCUCACCUCCAAUCUCACAGGAUAAGAAAUCUCUGCUGCUGCUGCUGCUGGUGACCGCUCUAUUUAGGUGAGCACAGUCUGCCGUAAAACUUUGAUAAAUGAGCUGCUGAGUUUAGGUGGAGUUCCCGUUUCUUUUCCUGCUAAUUUGUGGUACGUACGUGCAGUCAGGACUGGACAUAAAUUCACUAAAAUCUAUUUUGUUACAAAAUCCAAAAUACCUUGCAAAAACGGUAUCCGUUUCUACGAAAAGAAACAGUUGGUGACACUAUAUGUUUUAUAGGAGAACCACGGAUGUGUAACACUUUUUUAAAUAGGCAGUGGGGUUUGUGCAUGAAUGAGGCUAGGGUUGCAGAUGAUUGGCCAUUCCAAAUUAAGAAUGGUGGUAAUUGGAGAUGCUAAUGGGAAAACCCACUAAUAUAUGGUACGACCGAAAUGCGAAACAAAUCAAGAAUCUCUCAGAAUGUGAGGACACGUGAAAAUGGGUUGGAAUAGAGGGUUGUCCCAGGAUAACAGGACAUCUAGUCGAUUGCAUAGAGGAAUGAAUCAAAGUCUGUAGUAUCUUCAGAUUAAUGAUCUUGCAACAUUUAAUUUCAGAGAUGAACUAAUUAAAUGUUUUAGUAUCCACAGCUUCUGCGUGACCUCAGUCACUUAACCUCACUUUUAGGAGGUCAGCCCGUACAGGCGCGAGGGGUGCUACUGUGGCUCAUGAUUCAUUAAAUCUAAAAAUGGGAUGUGCCAUAGCGCUGGACACACAGUUUCUCCUCACUCUGCCUGCUGCCAGUGGAACGGGAAAGGAGAUGGAGUGAGUGAUUGCUGAAGCCAUCAUUUAGGGGCAAGUGGCUGUUUACCGAUGCUGGCGAUCUGAGCAUGUGCGGUGGCCUGUUCCUCAGAAAACACAGUAAAUCAGAGAACUCCCACGCACUGCAAUCAACCUACAAGCCGGCAGUUUUUUUCUCAAGGAAAAAUGAUGUGCUGGGCGCUCUAGACUUCUGUGAAGGAAAUAAAUAAUAAUGCACUUUCCUUAUUGCGGCACCAUGACUGAUGUUAUUGAUGUCAACUUGGUUAUCCACAGUGACCACACCCAGUCUUGUGUGUGGAUGUACAUUGGUCACACCCAGUCCUCAGUGUGUAUGUACAUUGACCACUCCCAGUCCUCAGUGUGCAUGUACAUUGGUCACACCCAGUCCUCAGUGUGCAUGUACAUUGGUCACGCCAAGUCCUCAGUGUGUAUGUACAUUGACCACUCCCAGUCCUCAGUGUGUAAGUUCAUUGGCCAUGCCCAGUGCUCAGUGUGUAAGUUCAUUGGCCACGCCCAGUUCUGAAUGUGUAUGUACAGUGCCCACUCCCAGUCCUCAGUGUGUAUGUACAUUGACCACGCCCAGUCCUCAGUGUGUAAGUUCAUUGCCCAUGCCCAGUGCUCAGUGUGUAUGUAUAUUGGCCAUACCCAGUUCUGAAUGUGUAUGUACAGUGCCCACUCCCAGUCCUCAGUGUGUAUGUACAUUGACCACGCCCAGUCCUCAGUGUGUAAGUUCAUUGGCCACGCCCAGUGCUCAGUGUGUAUGUACAUUGACCACGCCCAGUCCUCAGUGUGUAAGUUCAUUGGCCAUGCCCAGUGCUCAGUGUGUAUGUAUAUUGGCCACGCCAAGUUCUGAAUGUGUAUGUACAGUGCCCACUCCCAGUCCUCAGUAUGUAUGUACAUUGGCCAUGCCCGGUCCUCAGUUUGUAUGUACAGUUCCCAGCCCAGUCCUUAGUGUGUUGAGUUGUAUUGCGUGUUGUGUCUCCCCUUUCUGAUGAUAAUCACAUAUCAUUGGUACAGCUUUUUUUCAGUUACUGGUUCUGUUGAGUACACGUACAGUGUGUUCGAUAUUUGAUUUCCCGUGUGAAAGGGGAAUGUCCUGGGGUGGGAGCACCAUCUCCCAUUAAUAUUUGAUUCAUAUUUAAUAUUUUAUGGCUCCAUCCAGUGGUUGGUGGCUAAAUAAUUUUCUAAUGCAGUUCAUUGUUUGUCCUGAAUGGGUCAGCCACUCCCGAACCCCGAAACUUGGAGAACUUUGUACACACUGUCCUCUCUCUCUCUCUCACACACACACACGCGCGCGCACACACACACAGCUGUGGGCACACUUUUCAGCAGCCCUGAUAGGUUGAUAUCACAUUACUCUAAUGAUGUUGCAGUGUUUGUUCCAGGCUCCAUGCUUGGAUUAGCCUGCAGGCUCAGGAGCUAACGGAUGCUAUAGACUCUCUGCCUCAGAUGUGGGCUCACUGAUAGACAGCCAUGGCAACGCCGGCUACUGCGCUAACAUCCUGCUAAAUUAACGCUUUUUUGAGACCUUCAGCACAGCCGGGAGCUCUGAUGCAAACUGAUGCCUCUGAGAGACACUGAUAAAGUGUUUGAACUCAGUCACAACCUUACAGAGGAUCCAACAAUCCGUUAUGCACUUUACCAGAUACAUGCAUACACACACACACACACACACACACGCUCCCACACGGACACACACACACUCACAUGCGCGCACACACACACACACAUAUGCAGGCACGUAAGCACACACUCGCACACAGACACAAACACACAAAUUCAUGCACGCAUGUAGACACACAUGCUGACACACGCAAACACAUAUACCAACAUGCAGACACAGACUCACGCAAACACAUAUACAAACAUGCAGACACAGACUCACGCCUACACAUACAUACACGCUUGCAUGUACUCACAAACAUACAUACACGCAUGCACACGCACAGACACACUUGCAUGUACACACACACACAGAGCACAGUAGAGUGGCAGGGUGUUCUUUCCUGCUAAACUGCAGCAGCCUUGCUGCACCGAGAGCCCCUCCCACUGGCUGCUGGGGACCCCCCCCCCAUGCCCCCCCCCCUCCUCCUCCUUAGUCUGAGCAGAAGUGCCAGGAGAGUGAGAGGAGAGGAGAGGAGUGGGGAGGAGAGGAGAGGAGCCGCCACAGACUGCUGCUGCUUCGCCGCCGUGCCGCCGCUGUACCGCCGCUGUACCGCCGAGCCUCGCCGGCGUUCCACGCGCACAGAGAGGCGGCUUCAGGCGAUGGAGCGGGAGGGGAGUCCCGCCCCCUAGGAGAGCCCGGCCGCCUGAGGGACACCCCCAGACAUGCAGCUGCACCCCCACGCCUGCAGCCGGCCCAUCGAGGGGCUGGGGCGCCCCGAACUCACCGCUCCCUUCCCCCGGCCGGCGUCCUUCGCGGGCGCGUCCGUCUACAGCGCCGUCCAGCAGCAGGACUACUCCUCCGGCGUCUGGCUCCGUAGGAGGGACAAACUCGAGCACUCACAGCAGAAAUGCAUUGUGGUCUUUGCACUGGUCUGCUGUUUUGCCGUUCUGGUGGCCUUGAUAUUCUCCGCCGUGGACGUUUGGGGAGACUAUGAGGACGGCAUCACUGAGGAGAACUGCAGCAGGGACUGCCGGAUAGUUCUGGUGGAGAACAUUCCGGAAGACCUCACCUUUUCUGACAAUGGUACCACCAGCCUCCCUUUCGUGGUUGGCUUGCACUCCCUUUUGGACCGGGCCAGUCGCUCUGUGGAGAUCGUCUCUUCUGAUUGGGCCCUGAACUCCUCAGAUGAGUCCAGUCCUCCCGCAGACAAGCAGGGCCAGCUCCUCCUACAGCGACUCCUCAGGCUCAAAUCCCGGCAGGUGGAUCUGAAGGUGGCCAGCGGCUUGGUUGACUCUGCAGACCUGAAGGCUCUGUCUGAGAGCAAUGCAGAGGUGCAUUACCUGAAUAUGACGGCUCUAACCAAAGGACAGUUCCACUCCUCUUUCUGGGUCGUGGACAGGAAGCAUAUGUACAUCGGGAGCGGGGGCAUGGACUGGCGCUCGCUAUCUAAGAUGAAGGAGCUGGGGGUGAUCAUCUAUGACUGCAGCUGCCUGGUGCUGGACCUGGACAGGAUAUUUAGCCUGUACUGGCAGCUGGAGUAUAAGGACUACAUUCCCUCCAUCUGGUCCAAGAGGGUGACGGGCCUGUACAACAAGGACAACGCCCUCUCUCUGCUCCUCAACGACAGCAGCGCACGCGCCUUUGUGUCUAGCUCUCCGGAUCUCUUCUGCCCAAAAGAUCGGACGAGAGACAUCGAUGCCAUUCACCGUGUGAUCCUGGAUGCCAAGAGGUUCAUCUACAUCUCCAUCACAGACUACCUGCCGCUGGUCAAGAGGAGCUCACACAGGUACUGGUCUCUGAUUGACGAGAUGCUGCGGGAGGCGCUGAUCCUGCGGGGAAUCAAGGUGCGGCUGCUGAUCAGCUGCUGGAGGCACACCAACCCCCUCACCUUCAACUUCGUCUGGUCCCUCAAGACCCUCUGCAUGCAGCUGCCCAACUGCACCCUGGAGGUGAAAUUCUUCAGCCCCAGAGAGUUUAGGAAUGGCACUGUGCAAGGAAUCAACCACAACAAGUACAUGGUGACAGACAGUGCAGUGUAUAUUGGGAACUUUGAUUGGGUGGGAAACGAGUUUGCAUAUAACGCGGGGGCGGGGCUAGUCAUCAGCCAGACUGAAGAUCCGGAGGGGAGGGCUGUCACCAUCGUGGGGCAGGUGAAGGCCGCAUUCGAGAGGGACUGGUACUCCCGCUACACCAAGAGCCUCCAGGCCAACAAGGUUCCGGAGUGCAGCAAGAGCCGGGUCAGCCUCCCGCCCCCCCUCAAGACCCGCCCGGAGAGCAGAGAGAGCAAGGAGACCUCCAACGCCUCCCUCUGAUCUCACCUUACGCCCGGCCUCGUCUGAAAGUCAUGUUCCCUUUAAGCUGUGACCUUUGACCCUGCAGGGCUUGACCGCUGACCUCCUUUAGUUGUUCUGAGACUCGAAGGUGCCUCAGGCUCUGUUCCUUCUGUUUGGGUCACGGGUGAGACCUGUGCCAAACCGGACCUUUCCACAGAACACCGAGUCAUGGUUCCAGGGCAAAAACCUGGCUUUGGAGUGUAUUUCGCGGGUUCACAUCGCUGUAGGCUACUUAUUGUGAAAGAGGCUUUUUUUUCUAUGUAGCGUCAGUUCAUUAUUCACACGGAGUGCUUUAAACCCAUGGGCUCCUCAGCACAGUGAUAGAUUCUCUCCAAACGUCGGCUUGGAGACUCAUUCACGGUCAUCACAGAAACCUAAAUCAGCAGCACCGUUCCAUGAAAUACCCACACACAUUUCCCUCAGGACAGGGUGAACAGAAAAUAAGCAUAAGACAGUGAUUUUUAAACAACAAUACUGCUGCAAUAUAGCAUAGUGUGUAUUGUUCUAUGGGAUAUAUCUCUAAAAAUAUUGUAAAAACAGUCAUGGCCUGCCUUUGUUCACAUAUUUUCUAGGUCCCUGUAGUGCCCACUUUUACACCAUUGUAGAAUACAUUAUUGGAUGGAUAAACAUGACAAGGCUUUCCUUGCUUAAAAUUUGAGAUCUGGUUUAUACGAAUUCUCUAAAAGCACACUUAGAUUAAACGGGUAAAAUGACCUUUUGUCAUUACAUUCAUGGCCUUGGAGUUUAAUUUCAGUCAAAACUCGCUGAAUCUCCUGAAUUUGCCUUUUAUUGCAGGACAGAGGUGCUACCUUUGUGUUCCCAGCAAAGCAUUUAUGUCCAAUUCAGUCAUCGUCAAAACCCCAGUACAUUUCAGUCAUCAACAAAGGCACAGUCCAUUUUAGUCAGCAAAACACCAGGCCAUUUCAGUCAUCAACAAAGGCUCAGUUCAUUUUAGUCAGGAAAACCCCAGGACAUUUCAGUCAUCAACAAAGGCUCAGUCCAUUUUAGUCAGCAAAACUUCAGUCCGUUUUAGUCAUCACCAAAACAUCUGUACAUUUCAUUCAUUGCCACACACUAUUACUGUAUGGAGCCCUGAGUGUGGUAGUACUGUUAGGUCAGACAAUGUAUUGCACAUGUAAACUGUCAGCCAAAGAUAGUGGAGUGAUUUUGUGCAGUAAGGAGGUACAGCAAUAGCCCUAAAAUACCAGAGUUUCAUGGGUCACACAAAAUGACGACCAAUCUCACGCGCACACACAUCCAGCUCCUAAAAGCUCAAACAUUUCCAUUAAAAUAAUUCCUGGCAUUUUGGCAUCUGAGAUGGUGUACUGAACCUGGUGCAUUUUUUUAAAUUGAGGCUCUAUUGCUAUAUUUCUAAAAUAGAAAUGCCAUAUAAAGGUCUCUACUUUGAGCACUGGCUAAGGAACAGUCAAAAUAAUGACACUCAAAAUAAUGUAUAAUAAGGUCAAAUAAGCUUUAAACACUCCAAAUAAAAGUAACUGUAAAAGGCGUUAAAGGGAUGUGUAAUACAUUUGCAGUUAAUGUGUGGAAUUAAUUUGGGGAAGGCAGAGGUUCUAUCCCUGACUGUUGGAUUCCCGGAGAGGUACUGCUGGGAUGGGUAAACUGUGUUUAUCUUUCUCCCUCAUUUUUAGUUGAAGACCUUGAUUUUUCUGAGUGAAACGUGUUUACUGCCAAACCGUUCUUUAAAAUAUUUCACAAAGUAAUGACUUUUAAAAUCAAAUGUCACAUUGCGUACAAAUUGAUUCUCCAUCCCUGUCCCUUAUUUUCGAAAUAUGAUUUGGCGCUGGUGGGCGCUUUUGCUUUUAUAACGGCAGUAGUUUUGCAGGGUGUUAAAGUGCACGUCUGUUUAUCGGGUGAUUUAUUUUACAAUGAAACAUAAACAGACUGAUCAUAAAUGCAGGCCUAUUAAUCUAGAUUGCAUGAAUUGUGCAUGGUUUUAUUUUUAAAAAACUGUACUCUUACGUAAAGUAACUGCCUUGCAAACACCUGUCCGUUUACAUAGUAUCAACUAAAGACUAGACUAGUUGUACAUAUACAUAUAUAUCACAGAAUGAAUCAAUACAGGGAAGGUAAUGUAUGUAUUAUGAAAUCACCACAACAAAAUGUCUGCCCAUUUCAAUCACAUCAGACCUAAUCUGAUAUCUGUGCAAUGAGAACAGCUAAGUUCUACUAAACUGAUGCACAACAUAUACUACUCUUUCAGAACCUAUGUGACAAUGUUAAAGAAACACAAUGCAAAAAAAUUCAGAACUUUGAAAUGGUUAUACGUGAAAGACCUGUGCUGAGAAAUCACCGAUUAUAGCAGGGAAAUCAUGGCAUUGAACACAUUUUUUCUGAUGCCUUAAUUUUUCUCCUAUUAAAGUACUGUUUUCCAGAAAGUGGUUUAUAUGUUGAUAUCCCAGAGUUCAGGACAGGACCAGUUCAGUUCAGUUAAUUCAUUGAAAAAUCCUCAUUCAAACAUUAGGAGCACAUUCAGUUCAUGAAUAGAAUUAAUUUCUGGAAUGGACUAAACUGAAACAGAAGAAAGCUCAAACAUUGAUAGACACAUUGAUAUUUAUCUGUGUUACAUGCAGUCCUAUUUGCACCCAUAUUUAAUAUAUAGCUUUUAUGUGAUUAUGGUUAAAAAAAAUUACACUGAUUGUACGUUUUCUCUCUUAUUGGUUGUUCCGAAAGCCUAUGUAUUGAAAAGAAAAGAACAUUAGGCUUUGUUUCUGGAUCUUGUUCUGACCAAAAACUUUUUAUUUAUUUGUUUUUUACAUUUGUAUGUGCUUUUUAACAUCAGAUACAAACUAUAAUGUUAUUUUGUAAACCACAUCUUUCUUGAAAGAAAGAAUAUCUUUUUAAAUGACAUUCUUAGUACUGGUAUUUUCUACAUUCGUGUUUUCACAUUUUUAUAUGAAGUAAAACCAUGUAUUUUUUCCCCCCUCUCACUUUUGUGUUGACCAAUAUAACCACUAGCUUUCUUUGGAACAAAGUCAUUUGCUGUUUCAUAUUUUAUCAGACAAAAAUGUGUCUUUUCUUGAUCACAUGCCUUGGAAUGUAGUGUCGUAGCUGCUGAUCUGAUUACAUGCAGGAAAUGUAUUAAUGACAAGCUCUUCCACAGAAGUGCCAUGCAGGAGUGGUGUUUCAAUAUUGAAUUGAUAUUUUAUAACUGAAGAACGCUUUGUACAAACAUUUUGGUAUGUUUCAUGCCAUUUUAACUGGCCUACUUUUGGGCAGAUGGCAUUUCUAAGGGUCAUCACAGAUCAUAAUUGUUUAAUAUCAUCAGAACUGUCUAAAAGAUGUUAGAUCAGGGGAAAAAUCUUCUCACCCAAUCAGUGUAAGUCAGCCAUACAAACUUGCUGUCACUUUAAAAUGUUAACUUUAGAAUAUUCUGCAAAGGGCAGUAUUUUUUCAUAUAAUAAUAAUAAUAAUAAUAAUAAUAAUAAUAAUAAUUCUAGUAUAUAUUCUGUGAUACAUAGUAUAGAUUAUCUUCCAUAACCAUAUAGGAUGUACACAGUAGUUUGACUAUUGACACCAAGCCAGUCAAAGUUGUAAUAGACUUAAAUAUUAUUGCUGGGUGGUGUUCCUUGACAGCUGGCAUAUGAUCUAAUAAUGUGGCUCACCAGUGCCACCUUGAGUUGUAACAAAAGCAUUGUCCCCAGAAUAACUCCAAUGUAAGAAAUAUCACAGAAAUUUGCAAAAUCAUUAGGCUUUCCUUGCCAUGUUCAAAGUCAACCAUUGAAAGUCAGGCUACUGGAAGUGAUGGCGUGCAUGUGUGUGUUUUCAUUUUAUUGGUCCAUUUUGUCUGAAUAGUAAUCAUAGCAUUCUUCACUUAUGUAUCAAUAUGCCUCGGUCCUAACGUGCUCCAAAGUAAAUCUCUCUGGUCUUCGUAAACUAGCCUUGAACCUUUAAGUAUGACUGAGAAACAAAUUAUUAAAGGUCAUGUGACAGAAUGUACGAUUCCUGUCCAAAGGUAACCCAUCAUAUUACAGCGCUUCCAUUGGACUGCUGCCAGAUUGUGAUCUUUGGAUUUUAUUGAUGUGCCAUUUUGGGUCAUAUGUGUGCUUAAUAAAUAAGAGCACUGCACAUCUGUCCUUUCCAGGGGACAGUGAUGGAUUUUGUGUACAGAAUAUAAUAGAAAUUUUGCUGCUGAGGGUUGUAAGGUUGAGAUUACUGGUGUGUGUGUGUCUUGGUUUCAGUGCUCUGGGGCUUGUCACUCCAUUGCUUUGUUCUGUUCACUUAAUGGUGUCCACUUGCUGGUGGACUGCCCUUACAAAAAAAAAUGUAACGUGUCAAUAGAUGAACCAUUGCCCCUUCCAUAUCUUACAUGGCAUGUAUAUAUUGUAGAAUGCAUUGCACAAUUGCACAUAAUAUAUUGUGCGAUAUAUGCAUAAAAUUUAAUAUACAAAAGUAGCAAAAGGUAUAUAUACUUUUGCAAUAUGUGUCACGUUUUGACGUAGAAUACAGAAUAUAUGCCUUAUAUUUGUAUUAGAAAGAUUUACCUAUUUUGACAUAUAUUAAAUUUUUAAUAGAGGCAUAGACUCCCUGAGAUGAUUUUACACUUGAAUGCAUUGAUUGCUAUGCAUUUUGAAUGCUUAAAUAUGGUUCUUACUAAUUUAUCUGUAGCUAACUAUCAAACCUGGCAUGCUACCUGUUUGCAUGGCCUGCCUUUAGCAACUACAACCCUGGCUGAAGCCUUUUUGCAAUAUAGUGGAUUUUAAACUGCAACGCAAAGUAAAUUUAUUAUAUAAUCUUCUGAAUGCUUAUUAACUAUGUUGAUAUGUUCACUUUUUACUGGACUCUUAAUAAACGAACAUUAUUUAAUGAA